AUGUCCAAUGAACUUGAAGGGACACUUCCGUCGUAUUUGGUAAAUCUGUCAUCUCUUCGAAUUUUGGAUCUCUCUAACAACCGAUUCAGAGGAAAUAUUGCGUCCAGCCCCAUAUCCAAUCUCAAGUCUACUGAAUACCUCUUGCUUCAAUAUAAUCACUUUCAAGUGUCCUUCAAGCCAUUCGCAAACCACUCAAGUCUAAAAACUUUCCAGGCUAAUGAUGGUAACGAGUUGAUUGAUGAAGUCGCGUCUCAACCUUGGACUCCAAAAUUCCAACUAGAGGUAUUCAUUUUGUCAAAUUAUAUAUUGAAGAAUUCCAAUGCAAAUUCUCUCAACUUCCUACACCACCAAUUCGAGUUGAGAUAUCUUGACCUCUCCGGAGCAAAGUGUAGUGGGGCAUUCCCCAAUUGGUUGUUAGAAAACAACACAAGAUUAGAAAUUGUUUCCUCGGCUAAUAACUUGUUUUUCGGUCCGUUUCGUUUGCCAUCUCAUUCUAAUCCAAACAUGUCUGUAAUAGACAUAUCCCAAAACAAGUUACAGGGUCAGAUUCCGUCAAACAUUUCUUCUAUUUUCCCGAAAUCUACGGAUAUAAAUCUAUCCGAGAAUUCCUUUCAAGGUACCAUACCUGUAAGUUUUGGUGAGCUAAAGUCGUUAACAUCUUUGGACCUCUCAGACAAUCAACUUUCCGGUGAAUUAGAAUAG